AUGUCGACCCAACACUGCCAGUUCUUCCUCACAAAGAAGGGUUGUCGUAAUGGUGACAACUGUCGCUUCUCUCACAACAACACUCCCACACCCGCUCCCACCAGAUCAACAACAUCACCCACCACAGACUCGUCUUCAAUCACACAAGCAACUGCACCGGGACCUCGCAGGAGAGUAGUCCCUCCAGCAACACGCCAACCAGUCCGGAAACCCGUCCCUGCAUCCCUUCAAAACCUCGACGAGGACACCGCCGCCGCAUCCCUCCGAUCCUUCGAAAUCACCCAACUCGCCUCCCGAUUCGCCUCUUCCCUCACCCCUCGGUCGGCCUCUUCUUCUUCUGUCACUGACGAGGAAAGCGACAACUUUGAACUUAAGAUCGUUCCCAGCGAUCCCGACUUUCCGUACGAGAUCAGUGCCCUCCACGUCCUCCUGGCAGUCCCAAAAUCCUACCCGACAGAGCCAUGCUCUGUCCAAGUCCUGAAUCGAGAUAUCCCCAAGGGGUUUGCCACCAAUCUCGAGCGUGGUUUCGAUCAGGCUGCGGCUCAACAACAGAAAUCGCUGCUUGCUCAUCUGAAUUGGCUGGACGUCAACAUGGAGCAGCUCCUUCAGAAGCCUCCUGCGCCUACUAUCCGCUUUAUUGGACACGCCAACAACAAUAGUAACUCUUCUUCUAGGAAAAGCUCACCUUCGAACGACACUUCGUCACCUGUUCUGCCACCCCCUCUUCCACGUUCCUCAGCAGAGUCUACGAAAAAGAACAAUACCCCUCCAAAACUUACACAGGCACCAGCACCAGCACCGUCACCUCAACAACCACCUCCACCAGUCCAAAAGACGUACACGCCAGCAGAACGCGACCAAGCCAACGUCCAACGCCAAAAACAAAUGAAUCAAAUCCAAGCCCGCUUCCGAUCCUCCUUCGAAUCCCUCUCUCCAACAUCCGUCAACAUCUCACUCGAAUCAACCGACAAGGACAAGAUGCCUGUCAAAUGGCAGGGCCCUCUCUGGAUUGUUCUCUUGGUCCCUGUUCUGAAUGUGGAGCAAGGGUUCCGCAAGAUUGUGGCAACAAUGCCACAGCUAUCCCUCUUCCAACUAUUGAACCAACUGAAUCGUGACCUCAAGGACCUCAUGAGCCUCCCCCCACCUUCAACAGCCCCCUCACCUACGCCUCAACCUUCAUCCGCCCCCACCGCUCAGUCAUCGCCUUUAAAGGAUACACCGCAGCCUGGGCAGGGAUCGUCACGUUCAAGAGCAGCUGUCAACUUUUCUGAGACCGACAGGAACGAACACAAAGGAAAAGUGAUCUAUGUCGAUGCGCUUCAGGAGCCUAGGAAGGGAAACUUUGAUACCAUCCAGGACCACGGUGCCAUCACGAGUGACGACGAGGAAGACUAUGACAGUUCCGAGACUGAGGAGGAAUCGUCAGAGGAGAACCAUGCUGAACCCACCACCACCAAAAACAACAACAAUAGUGAGGACGAUGGGUUCGACAGUGAGCAGGAAGAGGAAGAAGAAGCAGAGUCAGGGUCAAAGGCAGGAGGCCCCGUCAUCGAAUCGGCACCCAAACGCGGAAUCGAGAUCCGGAUGCCAGACCUAAAACUCGACCACAUCUCCCUCCUCUACUGCCGCUCUCUCUCCCUCCUGGUCCGCUGCAACCGCUGCAAAGCUCUCAUCGAUAUGCCCGAACUCGUCCCCGACGAGUCUACCACUUCUUCCUCCUCGUCUACAACAACAGGAUCAGGAUCAGGAUCAGGAGACAAGCGCAAGUGGAGGGCAUGUGAGAACUGUCAGUCGUUGUUGGGGGCCCAUUUUCGGACAGAGUACAUCCACAUGCAGUCGAGAACGAUCGGAUACUUGGAUUUGGCGGGUUGUACUGCUUAUGAUAUCUUGCCGAGUUCGUUUGUCCCCACUUGUGAUGAGUGCGAUCAUGUCCACGGAUCUGGACCGGACGAGCAGCAUCAAGGAACAGUCGAUCACCAAAACAUUACCACCUCCACCACCGAUACUUCAGAAACAACAAUUGACUCUACAUCAACUGCAACUUCAAAGCCCACCACAGUGCCCCAAAGGUCAUCACCGACAGGAUUCCGCCAAAAGGUCGGCCGCGGCAUGUCAGCAACCGCCAACUGCCGGAAAUGCCACGUCCGCCUCACCCUCACCCUCGACGGCGAAAUCAAGUUUGUCAAACUGAGCCCAGGCGAUCUCAUGAAAGCCUCCUCCUCCGACCUCGAUCUCCUCCCCCUCAAAAAGAAAAAGAACCUUGCCAAGAACAAGAACGGCCUUGAGUUUGAACUCCAAGUCGGUGAACCUCUCCCCAGAAAAGGCGCCUGUGACCAUUACAAGAAAUCCCGCCGUUGGUUCCGGUUCCCCUGUUGCUCCAAGAUCUACCCUUGUCAUCUGUGCCAUGACGAGAAAGAGUCCGAGUCCCAUGAGAGCGAGUAUGCCAAGAGGAUGAUCUGCGGUCAUUGCUCGCGCGAGCAGGCUGUCAGUGAUAAACCCUGUGCCUGUGGUAAGAGUCCCAUUCGCACUGCCGCUGGCUCGGGCGCCUUCUGGGAGGGUGGAGAGGGAAUGCGAGACCGUACUCGGAUGAGUCAUAAGGAUUCGAGGAAACAUAAGGGGCUCCACAAGACCGUUGCCAAGAAACAGGUCGGCGCUGAGAACAUUCGCAAGCGUGCACCCAAAACAUAA